CUUGUGUCCGAAUUGUUAUUAGAAUUGUUUUCAAUUGAAUCCAAUUUCCGGUUCACUAGGAUUGAUAGUGCUAUAGGAGUUAUAGAUCUCUUCUGUCGGAAAAGGGGAAAAAAUGGCGAGAGGUACUCCCUCCUCUCUCCUCCAUCUAUGCUUUUUUCUGGGUCGUUUGCUCACCACUGAAGCGGCUGCGCUACUCUCAUCCAGUCUGAAACACCAAUGCUCCUCGCCGCAACACAAUCCAAAGCGGCUGCAACGGUGGUCGGGAGUAACACACCAUCAGCAGUUCAACGAAAACCGUAUGUCGUGUCAAGGAUCAUGCAGGGUUGGGAAUGGCACGGUGUAGGUGUUCGAUGUCAAUUAUGGGCGACAUCAGCGACAAUCUGAUGAUCGGAUGCUGAAACGACAAAUCGGCAAUGUUCGAACGGAAGGCUGGUUCCCUCCUUCCAAAAAACUGAAACUCUCCCGUGUCUCAAGAGGGACAGUGUGGCGGUUCAAAUUACCCUCUUUAACGGAGGAAUCAGAGGAGUACACUUCUGCCCUGUUCCCGAUUGUUGUCAGGGAAACUUCACCCUGGUGUAAGGGAAUGAAGUCUGAUGAUUUCCUUCAAAUCCUGGUGGGAUUGAUUCUUUUCAGGAUCACGCGAAAGUACGGUACUAUGUUAGAGGGGGGUAGGCGAGGAUUUUCCCUGUCGCUCCUCGAAAUCCCGGUGCGAUGGGAGACCCGCCGGAAACCUAAACCGAAAAAGGGGAAGGAGGUCGCUCCCAGUGCGGCCGAGAGUCUGACUCGCUACGACACAACACCUAACAAAGGCCAAGUGUAACCAAUGAAAGGGACUGCAGUAUAGUGGCUCAAGUGAUAAAUAUCGAAUCCACGGGUCUCUAGAGUUACUAUUACUCAGCUUCAGUUUAUUAUUUAGCAAAUCAGAUUAAGAUGAAAGAACUAAAACUACUCUAGCAAACUACAGUUAAAGUUAAUCUAAUUACAGGUUGGGAACUCACUUAGGUAUGAUUCCCCCUAGCCACUAGCCAGAUUAACGAUUGAUGAUCUCUAACCUGUUUCACUUUCAUUCACAAUGCGGAGAAUCCUUGACUAGACCUUGAGUCUCGACUAAAGGAACAAGGCCCUCUUGAGUCAAUUGCCUAGAGGGACGUAUCCUUCUCUAGAACAACUGAUCAAGGCGUUCUGAACUAGACUCCCUCUAUCGAAAGGGGUUCUCAAUCGAUACAAAGCAGUGAAUCAACCCUCGACUAAAGCAAUCGAUCCACUACUAUCAAUCUAUGGUGCUCUAUUGACCUAAUCAGGUAUUCCCUCUCAUAGAAUCAAAGCAGAAUCAAUAAUCUCGACUAAAGCAGAAUUGAAUCAUGAAAACAUGCAUAGAUUGAAUAUGAACUCAAGAUUAUCCAGUCAGAGUACUCAUACAAUCAUCCAAUCAAACAAACAUAGCUAGGGUUCCUCAAAACCUAAGUGAAGGGAAGUUACUCCAUAGAGAAGAGAGAGACUGCAGUAAGAAUCUUCAGAUGAUCAGUCUUCAAGUCCGGGCUUGUUCCUCGAGCUUCCAAGGCGAAGAAAUCCUCAUUCUCUACUCCAAGAAUGCCCUCAAAUCGCCCUCUCUCUCUAGGGUUCGUCCCUUGGGUGUUUGGGAUCCAAAACCCAGCUCCCUCUUUCUUUGGUUCGGAAUUUGGCUUAAAACCAGGAAAUCCCGACUCACACGGGCAGGGUGGCACGACCGUGUGGCUUACCCAGUUGCCCGUGUGAGUCAAAACGCUGCGUUCCAAUUAGUUCGAAUUCCAGGCUCUUGCACGGCCAGAGUGGCACGGCCGUGUGGACAUCCCCUCUUGCCCGUGUUUGCUCUCUCAGAAUGUGGCACGGCCAACCCGGCCACUUGCACGGCCGUGUCGAUCCUCUGCUCUGCCCGUGUGUGCUCUCGGCAAAACUCGCACGGCCAGGCCAUUACUUCACACGGCCGUGUGAUCAUCAGGGCAGCCUGUGUGACCUCCUUUGUGACUUGUCUCGCGCCCGAUCUUCGCCCAAUCGACCCCGAACUCGUUCCUAAACCUUCAUUCACUUGCCAGGACCUGAAAUAUCACAAACAAGCACAACCUAGCGUGAAAUCGGUCUAAAACACGAGAAACCACAUCUCAAACGGUGUAAGAACAGGGGUGAAAACAUGUGUAACUAACGGGCUAUCAAACUCCCCCACACUUAACUGUUUGCUUGUCCCCUAGCAAACCUAACUCAAACCAAUGCAACUCUCCAGACCUCUAUAGCAACAAACAACCCAGAUCGUAGGUGGAGGACUUCCUAGAUCAUUUAGCAGCUUACGAGGUCAACCGACGCACAAGUCAUCUCAUAGCUUCUUAUCGAGUCGGCAUCAUGGCAAAAAGUGAACAGAGGACAAAUGAAUUGUGGACGGAGAGAUUCUCAAAAACAAAAGAUCAUGGACUCA